GGAUAAAGCUACUGAGAAUUCGCAGAACAAUUUCACUCCUUUCAAUCGCAAACCCCAAAAAUCCAGAGCGGGAAGACGAGCUUCAGAGUUCAACAAUGGCGUCGAUUUCUUCAUCAAUUACCGCCAUACCCUUCUCAGUUUGCAGUUCCUCCGCCAUUUCUUCCCGGCCGCAGCUCUCCUUCCCUUGUUCGAACCCGCUGACCGUUAAAUCUGCCCGAAUCUCCACUUCGAGGAUUUUAGCUGCCCCUGAAGCGUUGGAACCCGCUGUGGAUUCUCCUAUCGCUGAGGUUGAAGCUCCUUUAGAUUCUUCGGAUAAGGUUUCGCCGAAGCAGAAGAUUCGAAUCAAACUGAGGUCGUACUGGGUACCCUUGAUCGAAGAUUCGUGCAAGCAGAUAAUGGAUGCUGCUAGGACAACAAACGCAAAGACCGUGGGCCCCGUUCCUUUGCCGACGAAGAGAAGAGUGCACUGUGUCCUGAAAUCGCCGCACGUCCACAAAGAUGCCAGAUUCCAUUUCGAGAUCCGAACCCAUCAGAGGCUUAUCGACAUUCUUUAUCCGACUGCACAAACAAUCGACUCUUUGAUGCAGCUCGAUUUGCCUGCUGGUGUGGAUGUUGAGGUCAAGCUUUAGAUUGUUGUAUUUACUUUUUAAUUUUUUUUGUUUUUUUUUUUUUGUUUUGUAGGCAUGAUUUGUUGUUGUUGUUGACUGUGUAAUAGACUUUGAGGAUGAAUUUGUUAAUGUUUUGUUUUGUAUGGUGUAGUUUGAAAUAUAUGCAAUUUCAUUAACUGUA